ACUGUCAUUUUUGUCCCAACCGGGCUUCCGUGAAGUACUCAGAGCGUAGUUAGCACAUUGCUUCGUUUGUAACACAAGGACGUUUGCGAAUGUUUUGCGUUAUUUUAACAAUUUUAACUGUUUUCAUUUAUUGCUAAAGACUAGUUCCGUUGUUUUUCUCCACCGUGAAUUUGAAGAUGCCUCCCAAACCUCUGGAGCCUCUGGCCAAAAAACUCAUGAAGGGAGUGAUCGCUCUGGAGCUGCUGGCCGUCUUCGGAGUGUACGGUCUGUUCCACAAGAUGAACACCAGUCGAGAUUUCAGGAACACCAUGAGUCGGAGGUUUCCAUCGGUUCUGGAAGUUUACUACCAGUCCAACGAGUGGGCGGGGGUCUACGGCAUCCGAGAGAGGGACCACGAAGCCUGGUCAGCCAAGCAGGACUGAAAGUGGCCAUCAGUUUAAAAGUCCACAAACGCAUGGCCCCUGCUACUUCUUCCUCUUUUUGUUCCCAACCGCCCUGGCUCGACCGAACGCCUUCUUCUUGUUGAACGUGGUCUUCUUCCUGCGCAGCGUCUUGACGUCGCGUCCUUGGAUCCAGUCGUUGCGCUGAGACUCCCACUUCAAUUGCUUCAGGCCUGCAGGGACAAACAGGAAGUGUUAGGCCGGUUACACACUGGAAGCGUUGCGCGAGCGUGUCAGUUUAUAUUUCGGCUCCAGUAUUAACAGGUCAGAGCUUACACUCUGCCUGCGUGAAACGCGUGCCUGCUAGAAAUAGGGCCGACGCCUCUUUUUCACACGAGUGUGUUGGAAGUGUUUCCAAGCAAAAUAGAAUAGGAAAAUACGUUUAUAGGUCAUUUAGACACAAAUGCAUAUU